AUGGAACGGCUUAUGUUUCCACAGAUUGUGCAUGAUCUCCUCGUCCUGAUACAGAUACUUGUGAUUGCAAGUGCUGAUCUGUGCUACGUGAACAAAGAAGUUGCCAACUGUAGUGAUAGAGGUUUGACUUCAGUUCCUUCAACAUUGCCUGAAAACAUCACCACGUUGUUGAUGACCCGUAAUAAAGUGGUGGACAUUGAAGGAUUUGCUUUUAAACAAUAUGCAAAUUUGAAGAACCUUGAUUUGACCAAUAAUAAGAUCAAAACACUUAACAAUCACUCGUUUUCUGGCCUUGGAUGUUUGGAAAGUUUGAAUCUUGAAUACAACUUCCUGAAUCUCUCCCACAACGCAUACCCUGCACUGUGUUUCUUGGGACUGGUAUCCCUUCAGAGGCUACUGAUUGGGAACAAUGUUGCCCUUGAAUGGUUCUUAAACCCGCGUGGCCUAUGUAACUACCCUGAUAAAGCCAUAGGACAACUUCAGGAGUUACAAGAAUUAUCAGUCGAUGGUUUACCCAAUGGCGUGUUUGGACUAGGAUUUAGCCGCUUGCGCCAUUUGAAACGAAUAUGUUCUAUUACAUUUUUCUUGUCAAUCACUGUACUUGGACUGAUCUACAGAUAUCGAUGGAGAAUAACGUAUUUCUAUUAUAUGGUAAGGGAUCGGUAUAAUCUACUUAGACAUCAGGAUGAUGUCGAGCGGCAGUUUAUAUCUGAUGCUUUCAUUUCCUAUGCCAGUGAAGAUCGAGACUUCAUCGACACAUUGUGUAACAAUCUUGAGGGUCAAGGGAAACGCCUCGUUGUCCACCAUCGGGACUUUCGUCCUGGAGAACCCAUCGGUGCAAAUAUUGUUAAAUCUGUUCAGACCAGCAGGCACACCGUCUUGAUACUAUCAGGUAGUUUCCUUGCGAGUCACUGGUGUCGCUAUGAGUUUGAGAUGGCUAGAAUGGAAGCAGUGUACGACUCCAGAAGUGUCCUUAUCGUUGUCAAAAUCGAAGACGUCUCAGCUGCGGAUGUACCCAGAGAGUUGCUGUAUCUGAUGAGGUCGGACUCUUACCUGGAAUACCCUGAUAAUGCCGAGGAUCAGGUAAUAUUUUGGGUGAAACUUGGAGAGGCCAUCAGCAACUGAUAUAUUCCCAGAUACAUACGGUGAGGUAGAUACACAAAUAGAAUAACCGUUAUGGUAAGGACAAUGCUCUAAUGCAUCUCUUGAAUAUAAAUUUUGUGUUUUGUUCAACGAAGAAUUCCAUGCUUACGUCACAGAUCAUUGACUUGCUGCAAUAAUGUCAUCUGAGAAAUUAAGUCACAGUGCGAAGACAGUUUGUAUCACUGGUUGUUUCCUUUUUUACAGAUUCCGUCAUUUGUUGUCUAUAGUGAUAUUAAAUACUGCUGACUGUAUUAUGAUCAACAUUCACAUUCAAAUUCAAGAUAUACCUAUUUUUAAUUGUUCAUAGGUUUCCGAAUCUGUUCCCAAAAUGCUUCACGUGAGAGUGUGUGUGUGUGUGUAUACGUGCGCGCGCGCGUGUUUGUAUGUGUGUAUCCGCCCCACACGUGGGACAAAAGUUUCGUUGUAUUUGAUAUUUCCAAACAAUCUUAUCGUUAAGCACGAUUAACUCACUUCGAUCUGUAUCUAGGGUCUACUAACUGCGGAUAAUCUCACCCCCUUAUU